CACACACAUUGGCCACCGGAAGCUGUAGUGAGAGAUUAAUUUCACAUCGCUGAUGUUUGUUAAAUCGCUGUUUUUAUGAAUAUGGCUGGGAUUGUGUGUCGUACAUUAAGCCGGGUCGUAUCGAGUCAGACAUCAUGUUGCAGUUCUGUGGUGUCUGUUCGACACAGUCACUGGUUCACAUCAAUUCUUUCUCCAAAAACCUCUGUGCCUUUAAGAGCAGAGCCCAAGAAGAAGAAGAAGGUCGACCCACGACGGGAACAAAUGAUGAAAGAACGUCUGAAGAAGAAGCUGAAAAAGUUAGAGAGAGUUCCACCAGAGCUGAUUCCCAUUGAAGACUUCAUCACUACUGCCAAGUGCUUUGAUGAGACCAGGGUGCGAGAGGUUCCCAAACUCUCAUUUGAAGAGACUGAGCGUAGAGCACUUCUUCUGAAACACUGGUCCAGAUACAAGUUCUCGCAGCACCAGGCUGAGAUGGCUGAAAUUAAGGAGGCGCUGGAGGCCCAGAGACAGGCACUAGAAGAGCUGAAGAUUGAAUCAGAAGACCUUUACAAAGCAGCAAUCGGACCCGAUACUGACUUAUUCCCCUUCCAGCAUCAGGGUCCCUGCUACACACCACCAAUUCCAAACUACGAGGCUCCAGAUGGCAAAUACAAUGACAUUACACGAGUAUACACCCAGUGAGGGGUAUUUCAGGACUGAGCUGUUCCGCAUUUCUCUGUAAGCACCUCAAAACAGUAACACUUAAAUCCAGAAGAGUCAGAGCAGGAAAAUCCUGGCUGAAACUACUGAACAACAUCAGCAGAAC